AUGGUCUACGUGCGCCAGGACCGCCUUCCGGCGCUCAAGGAGUACAAGUACUCGAGCGUCGACCGCUCGCUGACGUCAAAGUACAUCCUCAAGCCCUUCUACACCAACGUCGUCAUCAAAAUCUUCCCCAUGAGCAUGGCGCCGAACCUCAUCACCCUUUCCGGCUUCAUGUUCGUCAUCGCCAACGUCCUGACGCUGCUGUGGUACAACCCGACGCUCGACCAAGACUGCCCCCCAUGGGUUUACUACUCAUGGGCCAUCGGCCUGUUCUUAUACCAGACGUUUGACGCGGUCGACGGUUCGCAGGCCCGAAGAACACACCAGUCCGGACCCCUCGGCGAGCUUUUCGACCACGGCGUCGAUGCGCUCAACACCUCGCUCGAGGUCCUCAUCUUUGCUGCGUCGCAGAACAUGGGACAGGCACUCCUCACCUUCUACACCCAGACGUGGGACGAGUACCACACUAAGACGCUCACUCUCGGCAUUAUCAACGGACCGGUGGAGGGCGUCCUUAUCCUCGUCGGCGUCUACGCGCUAACGGGCUACAUGGGUGGCGCCUCCUUCUGGCAGCAGUCGCUCCUCCGGACAUUUGGCGUCUCGGAGAAGCUGGGCAUCCCCGAGGCCCUGUACGAGCUUUCCUUCACGCAGUGGUACAUGGUCCAGGGCUCGUUCGUGCUCGUCCUCAACACGAUUGAGUCGGCGCGUAACGUCAUCAAGGCCCGUCGCGCGCGUGGUGACCGCUCCCGCGGCGCGUUGCUGGGCCUCCUGCCCUUCUUCGGCAUGUGGGUGCUCAUCGCAGCAUACCUGCUACUGCAUCCGACCAUCCUGUACUCGCAUCUCGUGCCGUUCGUCAUGUUCGCCGGCGUCGUAAACGCAUACUCUGUCGGGCAGAUGAUCACGGCGCACCUGGUGAAGCUCGAUUUCCCCUAUUGGAACGUCCUGGGCCUGCCGCUCGCAUUCGGGGUCGGUGAUGCGCUGGGCCCGAAGCUGCAGGAAUACUUUGGCUUCGGCUGGCCCAGCGCGCUGGGCGAUGGUGUCUACCAGGUCGCCUUCAUGUUCCUCAUGCUCGGUCUGGCAGUUGGUGUUUAUGGCAGCUUCGUCGUGGAUGUCAUCGUCACCAUUUGCGACUACCUCGACAUCUGGUGCUUGACGAUCAAGCACCCAUGGGUUGAGGGUCGGGACGGCGAGGGCAGUGCCCAGGUCAACGGCAAGAAGUCUCAGUAA